CAGCACUGCUUUCUUAUCGCAAGCGGCAUUUCCACGUCAGGUUUAUUAUUGUUUUGCAAAUUAUCAGACAGUGGAAAUGCGAUUCAAGGGAUAUACUAUUAUUCUGCUACUUCUGGGCCUCCUCCAAUUAGCACGAGGGGAUUCACCCGAAGAGGAGCAGGGAGUUCGCUAUGCAAAUCGCUGUGAGGCCUGCAAAAUCCUGGCCGCCGAAUUGGAGGCGCGUCUUGGAGAAACCGGGAAGUCGCACGACGUGAUCGAGAUUGGCUAUUCCGUGGAUGAUGUGAAGCCCAAGAAGCGCACCGAAUACCGUAGGAGUGAGCUGCGACUGCUGGAAUCUCUGGAGAACGUUUGUGAGCGAGUUCUGGAGUACAAUCUGCACAAGGAGCGCUCGGAUAGCACUAGGUUCGCCAAGGGAAUGUCGCAGACCUUCCAAACCCUCCAUGGUCUGGUGGACAAGGGUGUCAAGGUUGAUCUUGGAAUACCCUACGAACUGUGGGACAAGCCACCAGUGGAAGUCACCCAAAUGAAGACACAGUGCGAAAAUUUACUGGAGGAGUACGAGGAAACCAUUAGCGAUUGGUACUUCAAGCACCAGGAUAAGAAGUCCCUAAGAAAACACCUCUGCGAAGACAAUGUCCUCAAGAUAAAAGCCGAAAGGGAAUGUCUCAAGGAGCAACUUGCUCUGCCCGAUGCGAAAAAAUCCAAAAAACAACAAAAAGCCAAAGGCGAUAAGGAGGAGCUUUGAGUACUCGUUCCCUGAUCAAAUUCCAUAUCGUAAAAAGUAGGUUAUAUUAAAAUAAUUUAGUUUUCUAGCUCUGAUCAAAGCAUAUUUGAAAACUAAAUUAAUUUAAUUUAACUUCUUGAACUUUGCUUGAAAUGGAAAACACGAUAUACUUGUAUUACCUAUAGAAUCAAAGCAAAAAGUGUAUAAUUAGUUUAGGUAAACUCACUGUUUCUCAAUUUUAUCUGUAAAACUUCCACAAGGACUGAGCCACAAAAUGUUACUGAAAGUUUUGCCUGGGGACAUUGGCUUAUUGAUUUCGGCCAAGAAUUGGGGUCGACAAUUAAAAGUUGACUGCCCUCAAUGAGGUGGCCUGCCAGACCUCCAACCCCCACGGUCAGAAAAACCAGGUGUUACCACCUAACUAUAUUUGUAAAUGAGAUUUCAAGCAUUUCCCAGGAACAUCUGGCAUCGCAUCAAAGAGUUUUUUUUUUAUGCCUGUAAAAAAUUAGUAUUUACUUUAAAAUAUAAUAAACGUUUGUAUUAUCAUA